AUGAUCGCAUUUCAUCUCUGCUUUGCCCUGGUGCGCAUCUACGCGUCGGAGAUCCCCCAACGACCGGCCAGCGAGGACCACCACCAGGCAGCGAGAAGGUGCCUCGCCCACUUUCUGUCAAUGGAGCCGCCACCGCCGGCAUCCUGGGACAAGACCAACGACGCCAUAUUUAAGAUGAUGCGGCGCUAUAUUGAUCUCUUUACCUACCUGCUCGUCCACAUGGUCAACCCCGCCUGUGUGGUGGUGGUUUCGCAGAUGCUUCACUGUGUCGCCAUCAAAAGCAGCGAUGGCAGCGUUGCCCGGCGUUACUUCUAUGCGGGGUCUCACACGUGCGCCCCUGAGGGGUUGAUUUUUGUGGUGCUUGGAAUCCCUGUGUCGAUUCUUGCGGUCAUGUUCUUGCUGAUUGUGUUCCCCUUUGCGCUGUGCCUGCACCUGUUCUUCACGCCGCGGCUGCCAAUCCUUGAGGACUCAUUUAGGUCACUCGAGCUCUCAUAUAAAGAAGAAUACAGAUGGUCAGACGACAAUCUUGAAGGAGACACAGAGACUGACGGACUGAGCCAUACGUUUGUUUGCUGAUGGUAUGGUGUGCGGCAGGUGGGAUGUCACGCUGGUGUUUCGCCGCCUGUUUCUGCUGAGUGGGGCUGUCCUGAUUAUCGACCCAUUGGUGCGUGCCCGCUUCCUGUUCGCCGGCUGCCUGGUGGUGCUGCUGGUCCACCUCUUGGUCAGGCCGUUCCGUUAUUGGUUCGACGACGCGAUGGAGUCGAUAACAUUGGCGAAUCUGGUGAUUGUGAGUGGCGGGUCGGCGUGUGUGCUGUCGGCCUGGCACGAGGCGGAUGUCGACGUCGACGCUGAGGGCAAGAUCUAUGGGGUGAAUCCUAGCCCAUCGGUGAGUGAGGUCAGCCAGUCUGUCUGUCUGUCGGUCUGUCUGUCUGUCUGUCUGGGAGACAGACACACUCACGAGUCACGGCAAGAGCCUGCCUUUCGUUGUGUGUGUGUGUGUGUAUUCGCCUCUGUGUAUCAGUGGAGUCAGUUUCUCGGCUUCCUGUUGCUGCUGCCCAUCAUACCCUGGUGUGGCUAUGCCUGUAAGCCCACACAGACACACACACACACACAGACAGGCGGGGAUUUGAUUCACUCACCGUAUCUGAUGUGGUCGUUGGUUCGUGUGGUGUGCAGGGAUGAAUGUGGAGGUCUUCCUUCAACGAGUGGCCAAGCUGUUGGGUCUCGGUAAAUCACAAGACGCCGGCGGCCGUCCAGUUACCAGCCCCUCCCCGGCCCCCUCUUCACAAGGCUCGCUCAGCCACAUCCACAGCAGCAUACUCGAGAGCCUCUCUCAUCCACGCAGACGGACCGAUGCGGCCCAGCACAUGGCUAUAGAGCCACUUCUGCCCCCACCAGCACCAUCACCACCGGCGGCAGCGGCGGCACCACCCGACAGUGGCGAUGACGAUAUGAGGCGGUGGCGGGCCAGGCGGCUCUCACGGACAGGGAGGGAAGAUGAUGUCAGUGCAGGACAGUCUAGGAGGGGCAGCAGAAGCAGUCCCCUGCCCCCCGACCAUGACGCACCACCGGACAGCCGCGCUGGAGAAGACAGACAGGGUGGAUGAGGGAGGGAGGGAGGGUCAGCCGCUGCUGUCCGUGUUGGUGGGGCCUUGGGUGGCCUGGUGGUGAUAAGCAGAGGAGAGACAGGCAGGGAGCAGUCACAGACACGCGAUGACACGUCACGAGAGAGGGAGAGGGACUGUUGGUUAGCUGGAUGGGUGGGAAGAGGUCAGGCCCUCCCUGUGUGUUAUUUAUAUGUGUGUGAGUGACGACACACGUGUGUCCAUCGAUUGUGAUCUGUGUCAUUUGGUCAGUCAGUCAGCAGGACAUGUAGGUAGGUACGUAGGCCGAUAGAUGUGGACGGACGUCAAUGAGUGAGUGAGUGUAAUUAAAGGUCUUUGUCUUUUACGGUUAGGACGGAGGGGCAAAAGCAUUGAAGGCGUCCGUCCACGAGUACUUACUGAUGAGUGUCCAUCGAC